AUGACCCCCCCCAACUCCCCACAAAAAAAAAAUUCCGUUUACCAAACUGGCCAAAAAGAUUCCCUUCAUAUGUUACUGGAAUAUGUUUUUACUCAGCGCAGUGUCUGGAAUAUUCCGCCGAGCAAGUUGGUGACAGAGCCAGUUCCUUGGUGGGCGCAGUGGUGGCUUGUUGAAUUGCUGCUACUAGCCAAACUUGUCUCGGAAGCCGUUUCCCGUUCUCAUCAAAACGCUCUUCCAUCAGUAAGGAAAAACGGCAAACGUGCAACAUGGCUACUACAGUUCUUAAAACGACCACUUGUAAUUAAUAGCAGGCAAACUAGUAAUACCGCGGCAGCAGUAGCUAACUCUGAAAAGACUCCACAAUCACAGCCUGUAACGAAGGACGACGCUACUGCUGAUUCGUCAUCGUCCUUUAGACCCCCCCUCGCAACAGGGUGCGAAACUACAUCAACGGGUCCUUACCCAGCUGAAAGCACACCCAUCAAAGCGGUAGAAGCCCAACAGCCGAACUUUCCUCUCAAUCAGGAAGGUAAACGUGCUGAUCACUUUGUCGGCCUCGUGUCCGACGCCAAUCAGAACUGUUACGAUAUUGUCGGCAAUGAUGGCGUGGUCAGCGAAGAUCUCAACACACCUCUCGUCGACGAUAAUUACAUUGAUGAUAAUGAUGAUGACGAUGAGGCCAUUACUGAAGACACGGAAACUAAGAGCUUGAUCACCUAUUCCCCAGCAAGAUUCUCUGGCGAAUAUCAAGAUUCUCGCUUCAAGGUUUUAGAGUAUGACCAGCUGAUGCGCUUGGUCGAGGUGAUGGAAGCAUCCGUUCCUAUACACGGCCGCGGCAACUUCCCCACACUGGACGUCAAAUUAAAGGACCUUGUACAGUUGGUGAGACAAAAGUUAAAAGCCGAAGAGGUCCAUAUACGUGAUAUGCGCUUGAAUGGUGGGGCGGCCAGUUACGUCUUGGGAACGGAUACUGCGCAGUCGUACAACGAUCUGGAUUUGAUAUUUGGAGUAGAUCUAUCCAAUCAGAACGAACUGCAAAAAGUUAAGAACUGCGUUCUCGGAUGUCUGCUAGACUUUCUUCCAGCUGGGGUAAGCAAAGAGAAGAUGUCCAGUAGCAGUUUGAAAGAGGCGUACGUGCAGAAAAUGGUUAAGGUCUGUAACGAGCACGGUGACCGCUGGAGUUUGAUUUCUUUGUCUAAUAACAAGGGCAAAAAUGUGGAGCUUAAAUUUGUUGAUAAAAUGAAACGCCAGUUUGAAUUCAGUGUCGAUUCUUUCCAAAUAAUUCUGGAUAGUCUGCUGACCUUCUACGAGGUGUCCAACACCCCAACCAGCGAACACUUCUAUCCCUCAGUUCGGGCCGAGAGCGUCUAUGGGGACUUUUCGCAGGCGUGGUUCCACCUGACCAAAAAGCUAAUAGCCACACGGAACCCGGAGGAGAUUCGAGGUGGUGGUCUCCUAAAGUACUGUAAUCUUCUGGUCCGAGGGUACAAAUCGGCUGGCAAUGUGGAUAUUCGUGCCAUGGAACGUUACAUGUGUUCACGAUUUUUUAUCGACUUCAGCGAUUUAUCUCAGCAGAAACAAAAGUUGGAUGCUUAUCUCGCCAACCACUUUAGCGGCGAGGAGGACUUGAAAUACGAAUACCUGAUGACCCUCUAUAAAGUCGUGGACGAGAGUACAAUCUGCCUUAUGGGCCAUGAACGUAGACAGACUCUUAACUUGAUUCACCAGUUGGCCUAUGAGAUCUUGCUCGAGCAGGAACAGAAAGCUCAGAGCAAAUAUUUACAGCUACCCCAGUUCGAUAACUUAAACAAUUUGAUUCUGGAUCAAGUUUUCUACGGACCGUACAACACAUCGACAGGAAACGGACACUAUUAUAGCUACCUACCCUUUUACCAAAUGGGAAACUCUACUUGUCCUUUGUGUCCACAGCCCUAUUUACAGUGUUCAUAA